AUGUCUUCUGUUUUAAGAAAUCAAGACAAUCCUCCUACUAUUUCCGAAGUUUCAUCCACUACCAAAGAGAAUACAGAUAAUUCUAAUUCCAAACAAGAGGAGAAGGAGAAGGAGAAGGAGAUAUCAUCUACAAUUGAAAAUCCCACAUUUGUUGACGAUGAAGAAGAUAAUAAUCCAUUUUCACACCAUGGUGAAGGAUUAACUAGUUUUAUGACAGCAAACAGUUUCAAUGAAGGACCAAAUACCAAAUCAGAUAAAAGAACUACAAAAGAAAAUAAUAACAGCAGCAGCAACAACAACCGAGGUGACAACAACGAUGACGACGAUGACGAUUCUUUACUAUUAUAUAAUACAUCAAAUAACAAUAAGAGCAACAAUGUUUCUAGAGUCAAUCCAAUGUUAAAGUCGACAGGAGAAGUUUUCAAGACAGUGAAUAUGAAUUUUGAAAGUAGAGUAACCAAAUUAUUAAAACCAAAUACAAAGAUUAGAAUACAAAUUACUGAAGCUGGCAAUUCCAAUGAAGGAAUGUCUAAUCUGCUGAAGAAAUAUACUGUUUACACUAUCAAAUUAAUUAAUUUAGAGGAUCCUAAUAAUGAUAUUCUAACAAGGAGAAGAUAUAGCGAUUUUGAAAGCUUACGAGACGUAUUAACGAAAAUAUUCCCACUUAUUGUUAUACCACCAAUUCCUCCUAAGAAUUAUUUUGAUUUUUCAAUGUUGAAUGGAUUAGUGGGGAGUAAUCAUGAAAAUUCAUCACUUUCAGUUGCUGGUUCAAAUGGUAAUAGUGGUGGUAGUGGCGGUGGAGGUGCUAGUGGCGGAGCAGGUAGUGGAAGUGGCAAUGGAUCUAUUAUUACCAGUCCUAAAACUUAUUCUUAUAUCAAUUCCACUCAUUUGACUAAAGGAAAAUUAAUUGAACAUCGGAAAAGAUUAUUAACAAAUUUUUUAAAUAAUUGUCUUGAGAUAAAACAAAUACGAAGUUUAGAAUUUUUUGCCAAAUUUUUAGAUCCUAAUGCUAAUUGGGGUGAUGAAAUUGCUUUAAUUCAAAGUCAAUUACCAAAAUCUAUUUAUCUACUGAAUCCAGAAAAUGGAUUAAAAACUGAUCCCAUAUAUUCUAAUCUACCCAAUCCAUCAAACAAAAAUACAAUAUCUUUUUUCAAAGAUAAUAAAAAGAAAUUGACGAAAAAAACCAACAAGUUGUUGAGUAAUGGUAGUGAAAAUCAUGAUAUUGGUGUUGGUGGUGGCGGUGGUAGUAUUGGGAAUGGUGGAAAUGGCGUAAAUGGUAAUGGUACUAAUUCUCAAAGUCAAUACAUUGCCAAUACAUCAAUGUUGGAUGAUAUAAACAAGCGAAUCAUGGAGAAUUAUAUUGGGUUAUCUAAUGAUUAUUCAAAAUUAGGUAGUACAUUUAAUUCCUUUUCAUUGAUAUUAGCUGAAACAACAACCACAACAACCACAGGGGUACUGUCUGCUACUAAGAAAAGUAAUGAUAAUGAAUUGAAUUUAAUUUUUGAUAAAAUUGGACAAGUUUUUGACAGGUCAUACAUUACAAUCAAUUCUUUGAUUGGGGAAUUAGAAACAAAGUUUUCUGAACCACUUGGAGAAAUUGUUCAAUAUACAAGUAUUAUACAUUACGUUGCCAAAUAUCAAUCAAAAAAAAUAAAGCAGAAAUCAAUGUUAGAUAAUGAAAUAAAAGAUAAACGGAAAACUUUGGAAGAUUUGUUGAAAAUAGAACGGGAAUCCAAUAGAAUUGAAAAUGCUAUAAAUUCCCAAGUUAAACCUAAAAACGGUAAAUAUAAUCUUGAACAACAGCAACUGUCAACAGUAUCGCCUGCACCACCACCUGGACCACCUCCAUCAUCUUCGUCUUCAUCUUCUUCAUCAUCGAAAUUCAAAUUCCCUAGUUUCAAGAAAAUCACUCAAUAUGUCAGUGAAAUUAUCGAUCAAAACCCUGAAGUCACUAGAAAACAAAAAAUAACUAAUUUACAAGAAAAAAUACAAAUUCUAGAGAAAUGUCAGAAUAUAAUGUUGGCAGAUUUAUCAUUUAUAACUGAUGAAGUCAAUAAAAAUAUUCAAUCAUUUCAAAAAAGACAAUUGAAAAUGAUUUAUAAAAUCUUGUUACUUUAUAAUAAACAACUUAUUGGUUGGGCAAAGAAAAAUAUAGAUAUUUGGGAAGAAGUUCGAGAUGAAAUUGCAAAGAUGUAA